AUGGUUUCUGGAGACUAUGCCUUUAACCCCGACCAACACGGUGCAUACGCCGAAUCAUACCACCAGCCGGACGACGGCAGAACUAGAACGCUGCUUGAUAACCAGGCAUACUUUUCAGAUUUCGCUGGGCAGCAGCACUAUGAACAGAAUCAGAUGGGUGACUAUGGCGGAGGGCCGAGAUACUCUGGUGACGCUUUCUCUCCAACCGCCGCUAUGGCGCCUCCGAUGCUCACUGCCAACGAUAUGCCCCCGCCCGAAAUACUGGAAUACCAGGCUCCGCUUGAGCCACGAGAAGUCCCAUUUGCCAUUCAGGACCCUCACGAUAACAAUACGCCCAUGUCAUCGUUCGACAAUAUGGCUGCAGUGCUCCGUCAUCGCGCUCGCACUACUGCUAAAAGACCGGCAUAUUGGGUCCUUGAUAGCAAGGGCAAGGAGAUGGCGUCCAUCACCUGGGAUAAGCUUGCGUCAAGAGCCGAAAAGGUGGCACAGGUCAUCCGAGAUAAAAGCCCGCUGUACCGUGGCGACCGAGUAGCUCUCAUAUAUCGUGAUACUGAAAUCAUCGAUUUCGCUAUCGCUUUAUUGGGCUGUUUUAUUGCUGGAGUAGUGGCAGUUCCAAUCAAUGACUUGCAGGACUACCAGCGGUUAAACUAUAUCCUCACAUCUACGCAAGCCCAUCUGGCCCUCACGACGGAAAACAACCUCAAGACUUUCCAGAGAGACAUUACUACGCAGAAACUCACAUGGCCUAAAGGAGUCGAGUGGUGGAAAACUAAUGAGUUUGGCGGUUACCAUCCAAAGAAGAAAGAGGACGUGCCUCCGUUAACUGUUCCGGACUUGGCCUAUAUUGAGUUCUCUCGUGCCCCAACCGGUGACUUGAGGGGCGUCGUUCUCAGCCACCGAACAAUUAUGCAUCAGAUGGCCUGUCUAAGCGCUAUUAUCUCUACUGUUCCUGGCAAUGGCCCCGGCGAUACUUUCAACUCUUCCCUACGAGACAAAAACGGAAAGCUCAUCGGUGGUGGAGCAAGUAGCGAGAUAUUGCUCUCUUAUCUUGAUCCUCGACAGGGGGUUGGUAUGAUACUUAGUAUUUUGCUGACUGUUUACGGCGGCCACACAACCGUCUGGUUUGACAACAAAGCCGUUGAGUCUCCUGGCCUAUAUGCGCAUCUAAUUACAAAGUACAGAGCAACCGUCAUGAUUGCGGACUACCCAGGGCUCAAACGGGCCGCCUACAACUACCAGCAAGAUCCCAUGACGACACGAAACUUCAAGAAGGGGAUGGAGCCGAAUUUCCAGGCAGUGAAACUGUGCUUGAUUGACACCCUUACUAUUGAUAGCGAGUUUCACGAAGUCUUGGCAGAUAGAUGGCUGCGACCCCUAAGAAAUCCGCGAGCGCGUGAAGUUGUGGCCCCAAUGCUUUGUCUUCCGGAACAUGGUGGAAUGAUCAUCAGUGUUCGAGAUUGGCUCGGCGGCGAAGAGCGGCUGGGAGUUCAACUAAAGCUAGACGACUCCGGCAAGGAAUCUGAUGGUGAAAAAGAAGAGGAAGAGAAGCCAGCCCCAUCAAACGGAUUCGGCAGUCUAUUAGGCGGUGGAGGAACAACCACCAAGGAACUGGAUGAAAAGAUCGAGUUAGGAGAGGUCAUCCUGGAUCGGGAGGCUUUAAAGACCAAUGAAGUUGUUGUCCUCGCUCACGGCAACGAAGCUCGAAAGAAGACAUCAUUGGAAUCCACCAUGGUCCGAGUUGGCGCCUUUGGAUACCCUAUUCCAGAUGCUACGCUUGCCGUCGUGGACCCCGAGACCGGCCUUUUGGCAAUUCCGCGGUCGGUUGGUGAGAUAUGGGUUGAUUCGCCAUCUCUCUCUGGAGGCUUUUGGGCGCAACCCAAGAACACGGAGCUUAUUUUCCACGCACGCCCCUACAAGUUUGAGCCUGGAGAGCCAACACCAACUGCCGUAGAGCCAGAGUUCCUGCGGACUGGCCUUCUUGGUACAGUGAUCGAAGGCAAGAUCUAUGUUCUGGGUCUGUACGAGGAUCGAAUCCGGCAAAAAGUUGAAUGGGUCGAGCACGGCCACGCGGGUAUCGCUGAAUAUAGGUAUUACUUUGUUCAGCACAUUGUGGUGAGCAUCGUCAAGAAUGUCCCCAAGAUUCAUGACUGCUCCGCAUUUGAUGUGUUUGUGAAUGACGAGCACUUACCUGUCGUUGUUCUCGAGUCAGAAGCAGCGUCAACAGCACCUCUCACUUCAGGUGGCCCACCUGUGCAGCCUGAUACUGUCUUGUUGGAUUCAUUGGCAGAAAAGUGCAUGGAGAUUCUUAUGCAGGAACAUCACCUUCGGGUUUAUUGCGUAAUGAUCACAGCCCCGAACGCGCUUCCGCGAGUCAUCAAGAAUGGGAGACGAGAAAUUGGUAACAUGCUGUGUCGGCGCGAGUUUGACCUAGGAAACCUUCCCUGCGUGCAUGUCAAAUUUGGCGUUGAGCAUGCAGUUCUCAACCUCCCUAUUGGUGUUGAUCCCAUUGGUGGUAUCUGGUCUCCGAUCGCCUCCGAGUCGAGGACCAAUAUCCUGGCUCCCGCUGAUAAGCAGUACUCUGGAAUUGAUCGCAGGGAAGUUGUCAUUGACGACAGAACGUCUACACCACUUAACAACUUUUCGUGCAUCACUGAUCUCAUCCAAUGGCGAGUCGCUCGCCAGCCAGAAGAGCUUUCUUACUGCACCAUUGAUGGCAGGGGCAGAGAGGGCAAGGGAAUUACCUGGAAGAAGUUCGACUCCAAGGUAGCUGCUGUGGCCAUGUAUCUGAAGAACAAAGUCAAGGUACGGCCAGGCGACCAUCUGGUCCUCAUGUAUACGCACUCGGAGGAAUUCGUGUAUGCCGUUCAUGCAGGAAUCAACCUCGGCGCAGUCAUCAUCCCAAUGGCGCCACUCGACCAGAACCGGCUGAAUGAAGAUGUCCCUGCUUUCCUGCACCUGAUCGCCGACUACAAGGUCAAGGCGGUUCUGGUCAACGUGGAUGUGGACCAUCUGCUCAAGCUCAAGGUUGUCUCGAGCCACAUCAAACAGUCGGCCCAAAUCUUGAAAAUAUCCAUGCCAAAUACCUACAACACUUCGAAGCCCCCUAAACAAAACAAUGGUCUUCGAGAGCUUGGAUUAACAAUAGAUCCUGCUUGGAUUCGACCCGGUUAUCCCGUUCUUAUCUGGACAUACUGGACACCGGAUCAACGCAGAAUUGCUGUCCAGCUUGGACACGACACAAUCUUGGGCAUGUGCAAAGUGCAGAAGGAGACUUGCCAGAUGACGAGCUCGAGGCCUGUUCUUGGGUGCGUACGAAGCACAACGGGACUUGGUUUCGUCCAUACUUGCUUGAUGGGCAUAUACGUCGGCACUCCUACGUACUUGCUGUCUCCUGUUGAAUUCGCUCAAAGUCCCGUAUCCUUGUUUGUUACGCUGUCAAGAUAUAAGAUUAAAGACACGUACGCAACGCCACAGAUGCUUGAUCAUGCCAUGUCGUCGAUGCAAGCCAAGGGCUUUACAAUGCACGAGCUCAAGAACAUGAUGAUCUCUGCGGAAGGCCGGCCGCGAGUAGAUGUAUUCCAGAAGGUCCGGAUGCAUUUCGCGGGAGCCGGGCUGGAUCGAACGGCCAUCAACACCGUCUACUCUCAUGUUCUUAACCCGAUGAUUGCCUCGAGGUCGUACAUGUGCAUCGAGCCCAUUGAACUCUGGCUUGACACCAAGGCUCUUCGACGCGGUCUAAUCGUUCCGGUUGACCACGACACAGACCCUCAAGCUCUCCUGCUGCAAGAUUCCGGCAUGGUGCCAGUGUCCACUCAGAUUGCCAUUGUCAACCCCGAGAGCCGCGCGCAUUGCUAUGAUGGAGAGUACGGAGAGAUCUGGGUUGACUCAGAGGCAUGUGUAAAGGCGUUCUACGGUUCGAAAGAUGCGUUUGACGUGGAGCGCUUUGACGGCCGGACGGUAGACGGCGAUCCCAAUGUGCGAUAUGUGCGAACUGGUGAUUUGGGCUUCUUGCACAACGUCAACCGGCCCAUUGGACCCAAUGGCGCUCUGGUGGAAAUGCAAGUCUUGUUUGUGCUUGGCAGCAUCGGUGAGACUUUUGAGAUCAACGGUCUCAGCCAUUUCCCCAUGGACAUUGAGCUCUCGGUAGAACGCUGCCAUCGCAACAUUGUAUCAAACGGCUGUGCGGUGUUCCAAGCCGGUGGGUUGGUUGUAGUCUUGGUCGAGGUGAACCGCAAGUCCUAUCUUGCCUCCAUGGUGCCUGUCAUCGUCAACGCCAUAUUGAGCGAACAUCAAAUCGUUGCCGAUAUUGUGGCCUUUGUAAACAAGGGCGACUUCCCAAGAUCUCGUCUGGGAGAGAAACAACGCGGAAAAAUCCUUGCCGGCUGGGUUACGCGAAAGAUGCGCACCGUGGCCCAGUUUGCUAUCCGAGAUCUCGAUGCCAGCGUACUUGAGCCAGGUGAGGGACCAGAAGGCAACAGAACAUCUACGGGUAGUCUCCGUAGCUUGGGCGCUGCCGUCCCGCCCAACAUGAGAAAUGUCGGACAGGCACCACAGAUUCUGGAACAGGAGGAGUUUACACAGCAGAUGGAUCAUAUGGCGCAUGCGGAACCUGUUGGGUACGCCACUUCCGCACAGGAGGAGCCGCAAACGCCGACAGCCUAUUACCCCGGCAUGGAACGUAGCCAAGAAACUACAAUGCACAACUACAACCAGAAUCCGCCGGCGUCAAACAACCAAGGAUAUGGCUAUGAUCACUUUGAACAGGGACAUCCAGCACAGCCGUCGCAGCCUCCGCCUCCGCCACCACCGCAGCCACGGCAGCAACACUUUGAGCCGGCACAACUCUAUGAACAGCAGGAGAAAAGACUAUUGGAUUCCAGAGGAACUGAUGCUCCAUCUGUUGCCGAGCCAGCGUCAUCCUCCCCUGUGCCAGACACACCGCCACCCAGGAGAAACAGGUUUAGUCAAGGGCCACCUCAGAUCCGGCUGCCGGGUGUCGAUGGACGCGAAGGUCUCGAUUUUUGGGGAGACGACAAUGAUGAAACGGAUUGGACGACUGGGACCAUGAUGCACAUGAACCUCACGGGGGCAUUUAACAACAAUAAUCCGCGGUAG